CUUAAUUUAAAUUGUAUCUUUUUAAAAUUUCUGUUCCUUUUUUGAAAAAUGUUUCGGAUACUGAUAUAUUCUUUCAUUUGUUUGGUAGCGGGUAAUGGAAACGUGUCAACGAAAGAGUGUUCGUCUGUGCGGAAGGUUUUCAUCAAAAGCCGUAUUGUUCCCGAUGUCAUCCCGGUGCCUCCGAAGGAUCUUGCCUGCGUGAAGUAUCCCAAUGUGAUCGUAAACAAGGGAAACGCUAUCAACCCUCUCGAAGCCCAGGUCCCACCAAACAUCACCUGGAAGGCCGACCCUCACAAAUACUACAUCGUUUUCCUGGUUGACCCCGACGCCCCCUCUCCAGAGCUGCCAAUAUUCAGGUUAUUUAAUCAUUGGAUCGUCGGCAACAUCCCCGGCAACAAUGUAGCUGCUGGAGAAGACCUGACCUUCUACGUCGGCCCUACGCCUCCACCGGUACCGGUCACCGCCUUUCACCGCUACGUGUUCUUGGUGUACAAACAACCCAAAAAACUCAAUUUCGGGUCUCCACUUAUAUUGAGUCUUUCACGACUAAAAUUCUCCCUUGAGAAGUUCGUGAAAAAGUUCUGCUUAGGGACUCCAAUCGCAGGCAACUUCUUCAGAUCCCGUUUGAUAGAUGCCAUUCCUUUGCUUUAAAUAUUUAAUGUAACCACUAUGUAACUAAGGAGCCCGUCACCUUGUUCUUCAAAAAGUAUACAAAUAAAUUUAAUUCGUUACUACCAACA